AUGUCCAAGGCCGUUGCAACCCGAGAUCUGAAAAGGUUAGAGCCUCAGAGCCAAGGCAUUACCACUGGGAAAUUUUAUACUGCGGAAUUAAGAACAAACUUUUUUCACACUAUGAUCCCGGGAGGAAACACCCACGCUUUACCUCAAUGGUUCUCUUCCCCCUUCAUCACGCAUCGACUUCGAUUCCGAUGA